CAAAUACAUAUCGGCAAAUCUAUAACCUAACUUUUAUAAAAAUGAUUUCAAUUAAAACUUAAAGAACUCGAUAAUAAAUAAACAUUUAGUCAUUUCUAUCCAAAUGUUACUGUUUCACAGUAAAUUUCCUUUCAAAAAUGAGUUUCUUAGGUGACGGAAUUGUUAUAUUUGUAUCCCAAGUAUUCUUCUUCAUAGGAGCAUGGAUUUUUUUCGUGAAACAACUAUUCAAGGACUACGAAGUCAGACAUAUGAUGAUACAGCUAUUAUUCUGUAUUACUUUGACUAUAUCUUGCACUUUGUUUGAACUGAUUAUAUUUGAAAUAUUAGAGAUCCUUGAUUCUAGUUCUAGGUUUUUUUUCUGGUACUUCAUGCUGUACUUUUUACUCUUUAUAGUUAUAGUGGCUAAUCCUCUAUAUCUAUCAUUCUGCUGCAUCAGUAAUGUCCCUUAUGUGAAGUCUGAGUACAUCAAACAUGCUACAUUCCUUGUUUGGAUAGCUUUCCUUGUGAUAUUCUGGAAGAUUGGAGACCCUUUUCCAAUAUUAAGUACUAAGCAAGGUCUUUUAUCUAUUGAGCAAUUAGUAUCAAGAAUAGGGGUGAUUGGUGUAACUGUAAUGGCUCUACUAUCUGGUUUUGGUGCUGUUAAUUAUCCUUAUACGUCAAUGAGAUAUUUCAUAAGAGAAGUAACCAUUACUGAUGUCACUAAUAUUGAGAAAAAAUUGAGACAAGCUAUGGACAUGAUUCUAGUGAAGAAAAAAAGAAUAGCAAUAGCCAAAAAACAAAUGGCUAAUAACCCAUUAGACUAUGUUAAGCAAGGUAUUUGGGGUAUGAUUGCAUCUGCCACAUCAAGAAAGCAAGAAAAUAUAACCCAGUUGAAGCUAGAAGUAGCGGGAUUAGAAGAGCUAAGCAGACAAUUAUUUCUUGAAGCACAUGAAGCAAGAAAUAUGUUGGAAAGAAUUGAAUGGUCCAGAACAUGGAAGGGUCUCUACUUCAACUUCCUCGGAUAUAUUUUCUCCGUUUAUUGUUUAUGGAAAAUUUUUAUUUGUACAGUCAACAUUAUCUUCGAUAGAGUGGGUAAAAAAGAUCCUGUAACAAGAGUAAUCGAAAUAGCAAUCCACUGGAUGGGUUUUAAUUUCGAUGUGAAUUUCUGGUCGCAGCAAGUUUCUUUUUACCUUGUGGGAUGUAUAGUGGUGACAUCGAUUCGAGGACUACUCCUCACUCUGACAAAGUUCUUCAACAAAAUAUCUUCAAGCAAAAGCUCAACGAUUAUAGUGCUAAUAUUAGCUCAAAUAAUGGGCAUGUACUUUGUUUCAUCUGUUUUACUCUUACGGAUGAAUAUGCCUCCCCAAUAUAGAAAAAUCAUCACCCAGGUAUUGGGAGAUCUACAGUUUAAUUUUUAUCAUCGUUGGUUUGAUGUGAUAUUUUUAGUGAGCGCACUGAGUAGCAUAUUAACUUUAUUCCUUGCACACAAGCAACCUGUAAGAGAUAACAUGGACAGCGAAUAAAUUGUAUGGAGAGAAAAUCCAUUUAAUCUUUUUUAUACAAACUUAUUACUUAAUCGAGAUCUCCAAUUGAAUUAUAAUCAUAAUUAUUCUCAUUGUUAUUAUGUAUAGAUGUUUAUUUAUCACAUUCAACUUUAUAUAAAAUUGAUAAUUAUCUUAUUUUAUGGCUAUCCACUACUGCUUCAAAAUAUUUUUUUAAUUAUAAUAUAACAUUUACUCUUAGGUAAGAUUUGAAACUAUCAAAAUGCCAUCGAAUUUUUUAUGAUUUAAUAUAGUAUUGAUUUGUU